AUGCAGCAGCCACCGCAAAACCCCACCGGAGCAGGCCAACAGAUCCCAUCUGACCAGCAAGCUUAUCACCACCAGCAGCAACUCUCGUGGAUGAUGCAACAACAGAGUCAGCAAUGGAACCAGCAGCAGUCAGCGCCGCCGUCACAAGGUCAACAACAGCCCUACGGAGUCGGAUCUCAGAAUCCAGGAUCCGAUAACGAGAUUCGCUCCCUUUGGAUCGGUGGCUUGCUUCCCUGGAUGGACGAAAACUACAUCAUGACCGUCUUCGCUCAAACCGGCGAGGUUCAAUCAGCUAAAGUCAUUCGCAAUAAGCUAACUGGAUUGGGUGAAGGUUACGGAUUCGUUGAGUUUGCUAGCCACGUGUCAGCUGAUCGUGUUUUGCAGACCUACAACGGUACUCAGAUGCCUAACUCUGACCAGAUCUUCAAGCUGAACUGGGCUCAGGCCGGGGCUGGUGAGAGACGCCAGCCUGAUGGGCCUGAGUAUACUAUCUUUGUAGGCGACUUGGCUCCUGAGGUUAAUGACUUUAUGCUCACGGAGACGUUUUCGAGUGUGUAUGCGUCUGUUAAGGGGGCGAAGGUUAUGAUGGACCGGGCUACUGGACGGUCUAAGGGGUAUGGUUUUGUUAGGUUUGGGGAUGAGAGUGAGCAGAUGCGUGCUAUGGGGGAGAUGAAUGGUCAGUAUUGCUCGAGUAGGGCUAUGCGUAUUGGUCCUGCUGCUAACAAGAAGCCUCUUACGAUGCAGCAGCCAGGCAUGUAUCAGGACACCCAAGGAGGAGGAAAUCCUGGAGAAAGCGAUCCAAGUAACACAACUAUAUUUGUUGGAGCUCUGGAUGCUAGCGUUACAGACGAUGAAUUGAGGUCAACUUUUGGUCAAUUUGGAGAACUGGUUCACGUGAAAAUACCUCCAGGGAAGCGUUGUGGAUUCGUUCAGUUUGCCACCAGGGCGUCUGCGGAGCAUGCACUUUCAAAUCUGAAUGGAACUCAAUUAGGUGGACAAAACAUCCGUCUUUCGUGGGGACGUAGUCCGAACAACCAGGCACAACCUCAGCAAGGUCAAUGGAAUGGUGGUAGUGGGUACUAUGGAUACCCUCCACAGCCACAGGGCUAUGAGCCAUACGGUCAUGCAGCUCCUCGUCCUCAGGAUCCUAGUGCGUACUAUGGUGGCGGUUACGGUGGCUAUGGCAACUAUCAGCAGCAACGGCAGUAAAAAAUCAACAGCAGCAGCUUCUUCUACCAAAGUCUUGGACGGACAAAAUAUAUCAGUCAUCAGUCAUCGUUGACGUUGAGUCUUCAUAGGAAAAUUAGUUUUUUAAGAGUGUUUUUGUCUUUUACAUUGACGUGAGUUUGGUUUUGCUAUUGGGUUAAUGUUAUGUUUUUUAAACAAAAGAAAAUUUAAUAAUGUGGAAUUUGCUAUGGACACAUCGGUUAUUGAAUGUUUAAACUCUG